AUGCCCAUCGUUCUUCGCGCGGAGAGCCCAACAGACGGGCAACUGCAAGUAGAAGCGCCGCGACAUGCAUCGACGCAACCCAUAACAAACACCGAAUGUUGCGGGAAGUUUGUAGAACGUCCCCUUCCGCAUCCACCGACCGAGCAUCAGGAGUUUCGGCCCGCAGGAGUUUCGGCCCGCAGGCUUUCGGACGGCGAUGAAGGUAGCAAAGAAAGCAGUACUCCUUCACAGCUCGUAGAAGAAUGUGAAGCAGUGGAGACGCACCUGGGACUGGCCUUAAAUGAAGAAAGCAGUCCAGCUGAAGAUUUGGCCGCAGCUGAACAGGUGGCAAAGAUCGCCUUUGAGUUGUACCAGGAGAGCCACGCUUUUGAGCAGCAAUUGCUAGAGUCCCAACGAGCAGGCCAACGCAGUGUCUUCCCCUUGGGGUCUUCCCCUGCAAUUUCGGGUAUAGACCACCAACAUCAACAUAUGCAGGGGGCAGUGAACAUGGCAGCACCGGAAUAUGGUUAUGGCGGUCCCCUACACUUAACUUCCGACUUGGCCGCCCCACACUCCCAGCCUGGGGGUCUCCCACCUGAGCCAUUUGCGACCUCUCCCCAGGCUUUUGCUGGAGUUUCUCGCCCCUGCUUUUCCGGCACCCAGCUCUAUUCUGCGGCUCAUCUACAUUUUGGUUGGAUACCUGAGCCAUUUGCGACCUCUCCCCAGGCUUUUGGUGGAGUUUCUCGCCCCUGCUUUUCCGGCACCCAGCUCUAUUCUGCGGCUCAUCUACAUUUUGGUUGGACACCGCAGGCUGCAUUUGCGAGUCUCCAUCCCGAUUCUGCAGCUUCUCAGUCUGCUGCAGUUCUCCCUCCUGUUGCAGCCCCCUUCCCCGUUGGUUUGCCUUCCCAGGCUGCAUGGUUGCUGCCUCAGGGUGGUGCGCAGCGUAAUCCAAGAAAGCGAACCUAUUCAGAAGGUCCAGAGGAGGCGUAUCCGGGGCUCGAACCUGAAUCCUGGCUGGAUAAUGUGCCAGUGAUCGACGGUUCGCAAGAGGUGCAAAGGCAGGGCCAGGCAGUGUCACUUAACUUUCCGUCUUCAGACCAGGCCGCGCCUUGCUCAUAUGCUGCAUGCCAGUUCUCCGCAGGAGCAGAAAGUUCAGGAGAUGCAAGCCGGAGCACCUCAACAACGUCACCGGGUGGAGCUGGCGAGGCGUCCACAGCAACAUCAGCGGAAGAUGGAGCAGGCGGGGUUUCCGCAGCAGCAGGAGCAGCAGAACCGGCAGCAGCUGGCUUUCAGCCUUCCUGGGUUUUCAGGCAUCCGUUUGUCCACUCGCCUGUUUUGCAGGAGGGAGUGGUGGCGCCGCUUAUUCGGCUGUCGCCUUCGAAUUUUCAGGAAAGCAAGGGCUCGACAGUGCGUGGCAUUUUGGCGGCUAUUCGCUGCCUGUUCAUGAUGCAGACACUGGAUUACAUGGAUGCUUUGGUGCUGGUGGAGCACGUCCAGGAACUGGCGAUGCUAUCGUAUCUGCAAUGCACGUCCUAG